UCACAGGCGCGAGGAGAAGCGAAAGCCCCGCACGCUGUGAUCAAUGAACCGAUAAACCAUAAGCUUUAGCUUUGCCCAUCAACUUCUCAUCCAAGCCAACUCUCCCCUCCUCUCCUAGGUUUCGCCUCCGCCGCCGCCGACCGCCGCCGCCGUCGCCGCCGUAGACCGAUCGAGCGGGAGUGGGGAGGAUGACGACGUCGGAGAGGGAGCCGUGCCCGGACCGCAUCCUGGACGACGUGGGCGGCGCGUUCGCGAUGGGGGCGGUGGGGGGCACCGCCUUCCACUUCCUCAGGGGCGCGUACAACUCCCCCAACGGCCACCGCCUCUCCGGCGGCUCCCAGGCCGUCCGCAUGAGCGUCCCGCGCACCGGCGGCAACUUCGCCGCCUGGGGCGGCCUCUUCUCCGCCUUCGACUGCGCCAUGGUCCACGCCCGCCAGAAGGAGGACCCCUGGAACUCCAUCCUCGCCGGCGCCGCCACCGGCGCCGUCCUCUCCCUGCGCCAGGGCCCGCGCGCCACCGCGACGUCCGCCCUCGUCGGCGCCUCCCUCCUCGCGCUCGUCGAGGGCGCCGGCAUCUUGCUCACCCGCACCAUGGCCACCCUUCCCCAGGAGGACCACGCCUACCCGUUCCCGGUGGUGCCGCCGCCUGAGGAGGUCUCGGCCCAUGAAUCGAGCCCUAUCGCAUGGGUUAGGGGAAUUUUCGGGAGGAAGGAGGAGAAGCCUGCUGCUGCUGGUGGUGACCGCAAGUCGGACGUGUUGGAGUCCUUCGAGACGCCCAGCCCUCCAAUUCCAUCCUUCGACUACAGAUUUAAUUCGAUUUUGUGGAUUGACAAAUGCGCUAUCGUUAUGCUGAAACGAAGGGACAUCUGAUCUUCAAGUUUGGAUCUGAAGUUUCUAAUGAAUCGUACGAAGGAAGAGAGGACCAUUUUGUUAGAUAAACAUCAAACUUAGUUCAGGAUCAUAGAAUCACGUAACAUAUUUUGACCACUUACCGUCUCAUUACGUUUAAGUUAUUUCCUAACGCUGUUAGCUUUUAUUUAUUAUAUGGUAUAUGCUCUACUGAAAGUGAAGUUAGUCCAGAUAUCUCCAUUCUAUUACGUAGGUGAAGAGGCUCAAAUUUUUUAAAUGUGGAAUUAACAACAGUAUGCCUUCUUAAUAUGUACUUUGGGAUCUCUUUACUUUGUUUUGUUGUCUUUAUUUCUAUAUUUCAGCCAUGCCAAGCGUACCACGAAACUGAUGAGGUGCAGAUAUUAUGCAACUUGCAAUACAGAUGAGCUACAUAUAUGAAUUGGACGCAACUUA